AAGUGGAAGGACAAUUUCGCUGAAUCUCUUUCAGUCUCUGAUCCCAUAUUAUAUUUGUCAAGCACAGCACACUUAAUGAGCCUCUUAUCCAAUACAAUACAAUUCAAUAAGGUGCACUCUGCAGUAUUAUGUAGAAUACUGUCCAACCUACCAAACUAGGACCCUGUGUUUUCUUGGUGGCUAUGAAGUUUACAUGUUUGAGGAAAGGUGGUGGUUACCAUUUCCCACCUUGUCACAUACUCGAUAUAUGUGGUUUUAGGAUUUUAUUGGAUUGCCCAUUAGACCUUUCAGCUCUCACAAUCUUCUCUCCUAUUCCUUCUGCUUCAAAAGCUAGUUCUGUAGAUAAACCGAAUCCCAAAUGCUCAAAUCGUAGUGGUCCUUUAGAUUUGGAAGAACCCUUGGUUCGAAAGAGACAAAAGGUUGAAAGGCCCCUUGAUGCCGAUGAUUUAAUAUAUGCAGAGCCCUGGUACAAAACUGUCAGGAACUUGCACCUAUGGAAUACCUCUUUUAUUGAUGUGGUAUUGAUAUCAAGUCCGAUGGGUAUGCUAGGGUUACCAUUUCUUUCUCGAAUAAAGGGUUUCUCUGCUAAGAUAUACGUGACUGAAGCCGCAGCAAGACUUGGACAGCUUAUGAUGGAGGAUCUUGUUUCAAUGCACAUGGAAAUCAGGCAGCUUUUUGGACCUGAAGAGUCAUGUAUUCCUCAGUGGAUGAAGUGGGAAGAGCUUAAGCUUCUACCAUCUUCCUUGAGAGAUGUAGCUUUAGGCAAAGAUGGAGGAGAGAUGGGUAGUUGGAUGCCCUUAUACAGUGCAGCAGAUGUGAAGGAUUGCAUGCAGAAGGCUCAGAGACUUAAAUAUGCAGAGGAAACCUGCUACAACAGUACAUUGAUUAUAAAGGCAUUCAGUUCGGGUUUGGAAAUAGGCGCUUGUAAUUGGACAAUAAAUGGUCCAAAAGGAGGAAUUGCAUUCAUAUCUAGUUCCAUCUUCGGUUCUGCUCAUGCAAUGAAUUUUGAUUAUAUUGCUCUUCAAGGGAAUGAUACUGUAAUAUAUUCGGAUUUUUCUUCCUUGGAUGCUACAGAAGAUAUUGAGAAUGAUCACAGUAACUUCGUUCCAACUACACAUGAUUUUUCAUCUCUCAGAAAUGAAGAAAAUGAUGAACAAGAGUUGGCCAAGUCGGUACUUCAUGUUGAUGAUAAUCUGGAGGAAAAUCAGAAACUAGCUUUUUUGUCCUCCCAUGUCAUUGAUUCUGUAAAAGCUGGGGGUUCGGUCCUUAUUCCAGUUGGUCGACUUGGAAUUGUUCUGCAGCUGUUAGAACAAAUAUCAACUUCACUGGAUGUUUCGGAUUUGAAGGUUCCUAUUUAUAUUAUUUCUUCUGUAGGUGAAGAAUUAUUGGCUUUCACCAACAUUAUACCUGAAUGGCUAUGCAAACAGCGGCAAGAAAAGCUGUUUUCUGGUCAGCCAUUGUUUGGACAUGUCGAGCUGAUAAAUGAGGGGAAGCUUCAUGUGUUUCCAGCCAUCCAUUCACCUAAAUUAUUAAUGAAUUGGCAGGAGCCAUGCAUAGUUUUCUCUCCUCACUGGAGUCUGCGGCUUGGUCCUGCUGUUCAUUUCCUGCAGCGCUGGUGUGGGGAUCAGAACUCUCUGCUCAUUCUUGAGAAUGAAUUGGAUGUUGAGCUGGCUCUCUUGCCUUUCAAGCCAAUGGCAAUGAAGGUUCUUCAGUGCUCAUUUCUUUCUGGGAUAAGGUUGCAGAAAGUUCAACCAUUGCUGAACAUAUUGCAACCAAAAGUUCUCCUGUUCCCCAAGGAUUUGAAGCUGAUUAACUCUUCAAAAUCAACUGCAUUCUCAAUCUUCCAGUACUGCCCUGAUGAAACAUUAUGUAUCCCAAGCUUGAAGGACAAGUCAGAACUAGAGAUUGCAACAGACUUGGCUUUCCACUUUGAUUGGAGAAAUUUGAAACAGGGAAAUAUUAGUAUGACAAGGUUGAAGGGAGAGCUUUUCAGAGAGCAUGGCAAACAACGGUUGAUACCUGGAUAUGUGCAGGAGUCCUCAGAGAUCAGACAACUGGUACACUGGGGUUCACCUGAUUUGGAUAGGCUAAUGACAGUAUUGUCAGGCAGGGGCAUCAAGGGUACUCUCCGAAAAGCAAGUAGAGGUUCUGAAUCAGAAAAUGUUGCUUCUGCAGUUCUUGUAAAUGAUCCUAGCCAAGCACUUAUAGAAGUCAAAGAAACUAGCACAGUUAUUACUGCUACUAGUGAAAAUUUAGCUUCCAUAAUUUUUGAAUCUAUAGGAAGUGUUCUAGAUGGCAUUUAGAUGAAGGGAAUUUCUCUUUGUUUCAUACAA